UCCAGUGUCUCCGCCCAGCGGUCGAGUGGAGGCAGAGAGCAGGUCGAGGACGAUGUCGUCGCCGGCCCACAGGCGCUCUCGUCGGGCUUGGGUCGUCGGCCAGCGGCGCUUUGGUGGCCGGUGCUAGUGUAAAAUGCAGCGGGCUACACUGGCAGCGCUGGUCGGCCUAGCUGAGCACGGCUGCUCGCCUCCGCCGCUCCCGAAUCUGCCCUAGUACUUUUUUUUUAACCGCGGUGUUAUUGUUUCCAGGUCAAGAGCCCAGUUUCCUGAGCGGCUUGUUUGGACUAAAGAUGGCCGGAGAUGGCGGUGCUCUGAAGGAUAUCAAUGAGAUUAAAUCGCAGUUCCGGACCAGAGAGGGCUUCUACAAACUGCUCACCCUCUCCGACUCGCAGCAGCGGGGCGGGCUGCCGCGGGGUCCCUCCGCCGGGGCCACGCUGGGCCCCGCGGCUGGAACUGGCCCGAUACCCGGCGGGGGGGUCGGGCUGCUUCAGGGGCCCGGAGCCGCCGCCUCCUCUUCGAAUGCAGCAGCCAACUCGUCUCCGGUGGGCUUCCUGCCGCCGGUGCGAGUCUCUAUGGUCAAGCUACAGCCCGAAGACCCGAGCGAGGAGUCGGAGCGGGUGUGCUUCAACAUCGGCAGGGAGCUUUAUUUCUACACGUACACAAACAUCAAGAAGGCUGUGGACCUGAGCAAGCCUAUCGACAAGAGGAUCUACAAGGGCACUCAGCCGACGUGUCACGACUUCAACCAGCACUCCGCAUCGGCCGAGAGCGUGGCUCUCAUCGUGGGCUUCUCAGCCGGGCAGGUCCAGUAUCUGGACCCCAUCAAGAAGGAAACCAGUAAACUCUUCAAUGAGGAGAGGUUGAUAGACAAGUCCAAGGUCACAUGUUUAAAGUGGCUCCCCAAGUCAGAGAACCUGUUUCUGGCAUCACACGCCAGCGGCCACCUCUACCUCUACAAUGUGGAGCACCCGUGUGGCACCACGGCGCCGCAGUACUCGCUGCUGCGGCAGGGCGAGGGCUUCGCCGUCUAUGCCUGCAAGACCAAGACGCCGCGCAACCCGCUCCUGCGCUGGGCGGUGGGCGAAGGAGGCCUCAACGAGUUUGCCUUCUCGCCGGACGGCGUGCACGUGGCGUGUGUGGGCCAGGACGGCUGCCUGCGCGUCUUCCACUUUGACUCCAUGGAGCUGCAGGGCAUCAUGAAGAGCUACUUCGGCGGCCUGUUGUGUGUGUCGUGGAGUCCUGACGGGAAGUACCUGGCCACGGGUGGUGAGGACGACCUGGUGACCGUAUGGUCGUUUGCGGAAAGCCGCGUGGUGGCUCGGGGUCACGGCCACAAGUCCUGGGUCAACGUGGUGGCCUUUGAUCCCUUCACGACCUCCCUGGAGGACGAGGAACCCAUGGAGCUCAGUGGCAGUGAGGAGGACCUCCAUCAGGGGGUGCCAAACAACUCUAUGCACUUUGGGCGGGUGCGAACCAGCAGCACGUUGUCACGUCUUUCCCGCCACAGCUCCAAAGGCGGGGGCUCGGCGGCGGUCACCUACAGGUUUGGUUCUGUGGGUCAAGACACUCAGUUCUGUCUGUGGGACCUGACUGAUGAUGUGCUCUAUCCCCGCCUGCCGCUGUCCAGAGCCUUCACUAACACUUUCGGACCCUCGCUGCCCAACUCCAGCAGUGGGGGGGUGAACAGCACGACAGGUGGGGGAGGAGGUGGAGCCGUGGAGGGCCACCAUCACCCCCCCAACACCACCAUCAGCACCUCUAACCCGCCCACGCUGCCCCUGCCCCUCCCGCGCUCCUUAUCGCGAUCCAAUUCGCUGCCCCACCCCGCCGUCGCCAACGCCUCCAAGGGCCAGGGCGCCUCAGAGGGUGGCGGCGGGGGAGGAGGAGGCGGGGGCACCGGAGGCGGAGGGAAUAGCACGCCGUUCAGCAUCGGCCGCUUUGCCACGCUCUCCCUGCAGGAGCGCAAGUCGGACAAGUCGGGCGGCAGCGGAGUGGAGAAGGAGCACAAGCGCUACCACAGCCUGGGCAACAUCAGCAAGAGCAACGACAAGAUCAACGUGGCGCCCAGGAGCAGCCGCCUGGACGCCGCCAAGGUGCUGGGCACCACGUUGUGCCCACGCAUGCACGAGGUGCCUCUGCUGGAGCCGCUGGUGUGCAAGAAGAUCGCCCACGAGCGCCUCACUGUGCUCGUCUUCAUGGACGACUGCAUCAUCACGGCGUGCCAGGAGGGCCUCAUCUGCACGUGGGCGCGGCCCGGGAAGGCGAACUUGACAGCACAGAACGGCAACUCUCCGAGUGGCACGGUGGUAUAGCUGCACCUUCAUCGCUCCUCCUCCUCUAACGCCACCUUGCAGUCUGACAGCCCCUUCCAUCCCAAAUAGGGGGGCUAAGCAGAGACUGGAGCACCUGACCACUACAGUAUUACCCUCCAGAAGCCACGGCCGCUGUAUUUAAGUUAUUUAUUUUACCAUGAGACUGUGUAGUAAUUUAUACUGUAAAUAGUCAAAGUACUCUAAAAGCCAGGAAGGAAGUGGACAUGUACAUAGCAACACACUGAAUGUCCUUUAGGCAAGUACGUCACCGUCUUUUUAGUUCUGAGCCACUCCAAUGGACACUGGGGUCCAAGUCAUGUGACCAACCUGCGUGCGCUCUCACACACACACACACACACACACACAUACACAGUCGCUAGCGGUGUAGCAUGGUGUGUAUCUCGCACUCAUUCGUGUUGCACCUGAAUUGCCUCUUGCAAUAAUUUGCACACAAGCGAUCCACGGUCCAUUCAGUCGCCGUGUGCCACCACCAGGUGCCCGUGCUGACUUCACUCAACAGGAAGUCGCUGGAGCUUGAUGGGGAUUUGGCCUAAAACAAAGAAACGCCACACGUUGAGCGAUGAAACUGCAUUUAAUUUCAGCCUGUCGUGAUUUUUUUUCAUUUUGCUUUCCAAUAAAGACAAGCCAAGCGUCA